AUGUCCACUACUGCGUCGGUUGUUGUUACAAGCCCACCUACUCCUCCACUGUCCCGGAAGGUAACUGGGGAUGCGCUUCAGGAUGAAUUCACAAGGCUGCGAGAACUGUUCACUGUUGAUUCUGCCAAGCUGAAGCAGAUUACUGACCACUUUGUCCAUGAACUUGAAGUUGGGCUCAGUGGCCAAGGCGGCGACAUUCCAAUGAACCCAACAUGGGUAAUGCAACUGCCCCGCGGCGACGAAAAGGGAUCCUUCUUCACGAUGGACAUGGGAGGCACCAACUUUCGCGUCUGCAAAGUGACACUAAAAGGCACCGCGGGCAAGUACGACGUGGUCCAAAUGGACAACAAAAUCCCCAAGUCGUUGAAGUCUGGCACCGCAGAGCAACUGUGGCACUACAUUGCCGACUGCCUGCAGCAGUUUGUCGAUCGCUAUUCCAUCUCGCAGAAGGAGCUCGCCGAGACGCCUCUCGCCUUUACGUUUUCCUACCCUGUCACCCAAACGUCCAUCUCGCAUGGCAUCCUCCAGCGAUGGACCAAGGGAUUUGACAUUAAGGGUGUCGAGGGGACGGAUGUUGUUGCUGGGCUGCAGAAGGUUCUCACGGAGAAGGGUCUCCCUGCUCGGAUUGUCGCCUUGGUCAACGACACAGUCGGCACAUUGAUGGCGUCUUCUUACGUCGACCCCAAGACCGAAAUCGGUAGCAUCUUUGGCACAGGCAGUAACGCAGCGUACAUGGAGCGGUGCUCCAAGAUCCCGAAACUGGCCGAUCAGCGUCUACCAGACGACGCAUUCAUGGCCAUCAACUGCGAAUACGGCGCCUUUGAUAACAGCCAGCGAGUGCUCCCAUUUACUGACUACGAUGCCGAGAUCGAUCGCGCCUCGCCCCGCCCCGGUCAACAGCGAUACGAGAAGAUGGUUGCGGGAUUCUACCUGGGUGAGAUCUUCCGGCUCAUCCUGCUGGAUCUGCACAAUCGCAAGGCGAUCUUUGACGGUCAGAAUUCCUCCAGACUAAACGAGCCGUAUGUGCUGGAUUGCUAUUUCCUGGCGACUAUUGAGAGCGACGACUCCGGAGAUCUGCGGACAGCCAAAGAUAUCAUCGAGAAAACACUCUCUAUCACGCCUACUCCGUCCGUGCUACGCUUCUGCUACGACCUGGCGCACAUGAUUUCCUUGCGGUCGGCGAGGUUAUAUGCGUGCGGCAUCGCGGCGAUCAUGAAGAAACGGGGAUUGGAUAGCUGUCAUGUCGCUGUGGAUGGAUCCGUAUUCAACAAGUAUCCAUGCUUCCCGGAGAGAGCGAUUGGUGCGCUGAGGGAGAUCCUGGAGUGGCCGGCCGAUACCCCGGAUCCGAUCCGGUUGAUUCCUGCCGUGGAUGGCUCCAGUGUUGGAGCUGCGGUGAUUGCGUCGUUGAUCAGCAGGUCGGAACAAUCGUAA